AUGCCCGGCGUGCUCGCUGUUAUGAUCUUCGCCGCCUCUCUAUUCCUCGCCUCGUUCUGGUCGGUUAACAUGCCGACCGCCGUUAUCUCCGUCCUCGUACGGACCCUUACCUCUGUCCUCGUACAGACCUUCGUCGCUGUCCUCUCCUCUGUCCGCGUACCGACCUCUGUCCCUGCCUUCGGGUACACCACUGCGUCGUCCCUCGCCCUUGCGCGAGGCCUGUCCCUUCCCUCGGGGAACCUAACCAUGUCCCUCGACCCCUCAGCUUAUACCUCGCCCAUGGUUCCUUACAACCCCCUACUUACGGGCGGACCCUCCACACAAACUAGGCAAUCGAAAAAACGCUCUGCUCAAGAUCAGUUCGUGAGGAACUGUAACGGCAGCUACGUAUUUUGGCUAGGUGAUGAACUGGGAUGA